AUGUUCCUCAUUGUUCCAGUUCUGGUUCUCUUCCUUGCGAGCGUCUACGUUCAAAGUGAGCGUACUCUUUCACCCCACCAGAAUCUGCUGCCACCAUCAAUGAAAGAUAUGUUCAAGAAGGUCAAUAGGGAUUACAACGACAAAAUAAGUUGGAAAGGCAGACUCGCGGAAAGGGCGGUGAAGGAAGCAUUCACACCGAAUGAUACGAACUCUAGGUGGACUCUAAAAGUCCAAGGAACAAGAGAAUUCGGCAAUGCUAGUAACCUGGAACAAAAGGUCGAGAAAGUACUGCGCGGGAAAAUGGAAGAGAAAGGAUUCGGACAGAUCGUUACUAGCCUUCGAGAAGGAACGAGGUACGGCUGCGGCGCUGCUUUUACAGUGCAAUGA